AGGCUGGUUGCUUCUCGUAAUAUAUACUGCGCGUCCUUCAGUCCGGGGCCCUCAGUUGCAACUGUUUGCCUUCUGCACGUUCUUACGCCCUGAGUGUUCGUGACCCCGCCCAAUGCGUGGUUGAUUGUUGUCCUUGCGCUUUACCUUGACAUCCGGCCGAUCACGCAGCCAGUCAUGAAUAUUGACCUGCUUAUAAAUGGCUCCGAAGUCCAGUCUCCGAGACCUGUCGACACUUCAGGUCCCGUCCCACAGUUGACAACCCCGACUACCCAUGACCCUAAACGACCAGUGGGUAUCAACUCUCAUAGAUUAUCAUUGUCUCAGAUUGAACGUUCCGCCUCUCAGGCACCACUUCUGGAGGAGCCACCAGCCAAGAAGCAGUUCGACUCCACGACAAGCAAUUCCACGACAAGCAAUUCGAGCUCCGCCUCGGUAACUUCUGUAUCCACGGGCACGACGGAAACCUACACAACUUCAACGUACACACCCCCACCCAACCAUGCCUGUUCGGCGUACCAACCGGCUUCCGCUGCGUCCAUGCAGGGCGGGCCUGUCCUUCCAGCCAUUGCAGAGCCUUAUCGGCACCCACAGUUUCGGCCUCUCUACUCUGGAACUUCAUUGAGCGCUACAAUUCAGCCAGGCCCGCCGGGCACAAACGGAUCGCCGCCGUCCCGAAUGCUCAAACGCGCCGCAUCUCAAAUACCACUACCAGAGGAGUCGCCAGCCAAAAAGCACUCCAAGUGGACACUAGAGGAGGACAAUCUAACCAUCGAAUUGCGUGGCUAGGGCAUGAAAUGGGAUGGCAUCGCCAAACGCCUGCCAGGCAGAAGCUCCAUUUCGUGCCGUCUACGUUAUCAAAAUUACCUGGAGAAGCGCGCCGUCUGGGAUGAAGAAAAGAAGAACAAGCUCGCGAGACUUUACGCUCGUUUCAAGGACCAGAU